AUGAGGCGGCUAGCGGUCUAUAGCGAGCAGAUCUCGUCUGGCAGGUUGCCUCGCAAGAUGGUGUUCACGAGGGCAUGUAGGUGUGUGGUAACCCCCGCGUUGGGGAUGUCGCCGCUUCCUGCUCCUGGAUCUGUGCCGUCGUCUGUGACUCUUGCUGGCCCGGCCCGUGCGCCUGUUGUGGCGCCAGCUCCUGUUGUGGCGUCGUCGUACGCGCCUGCCGUGGCGCCUGAUCCAGCGCCCGCCUCGGCGCAUGCUCUCGCGCCCGCCCUGGCGUCUGCUCCAGCGCCUGCCCCUGCGCCUGCUGCGGCGUUUGUUCCUGCGCUUCCUCCUGCGCCUGCUCCGGCGAUUCCCCUUGCCCCUGAGAAGGCGUUUGUGCCCGUGCCUGUUGUCGCAGCUUCGUCGGCGUCUGUUGGGGCAGCCUUCGUGCCGCCAGAGGCUGCGCCCGCCGGUGCGCCUUCUGCUGCUGAUGCGGACCCGUCUUACCCGCCACCUCUAGCCACCAGCGCCGGCGUGAGCCAGGCGGGGGUUCAGUCGACGCCCGUGGCGCCUCCGCUUGCUCCGUCUGGGCAGCCUCGUCGCCCCCAGUCACCUGCCCGCCGCCCGUCUCGUCCUCAUUCGCCCCUCCCGCACGAUGAGCGGAAAUCGUCGCGGCGCCGACAAGAAUCUCCUCGGGGCCGCCGCUCUCAUGGGAACUGGAGUGCGCGCCGUGGCGCCGAUGCGAUCGGCGCAAGCUCCUUGGUGGUACGGGAGCUGUGGCGGACACAGACAGGGAUUCUUGCCGCUCUGGAGGUGGAUCGCAUGUAA